AUGCAUCUGCUCAGAAAUCGGGCCUAUAUCGAUGGCCAGUGGAUGAAUGCGAACAGUAAUAAUGUUUUUCCUGUGAGUAAUCCAGCAGAUGAUUGUAUUAUAACAGAAGUGCCGGAUAUGGAUGCUUCUGAUACUCAGAAAGCAAUUGAAGCCGCGUCUAAGGCUUUUAAAACUUGGAGAGAAACUACGGCGAAGGAACGGUCUUUUAUACUGCGAAAAUGGUUUGAUUUAUGUCAAAACAACAUUGACAGUUUAGCAGAAAUCAUAACGGCAGAGUCAGGCAAACCUCUUACAGAAUCAAAAGGAGAGGUCGUGUAUGGUAAUUCAUUUUUGGAAUGGUUUGCUGACACUGCACGUCAUCUAAAUGGUGAAGUACUAAGUAGUCCAUGGCCUAAUAAGCAGGUGAUCGUGACAAGACAUCCUAUCGGAGUUGUGUCUGUAAUUACACCAUGGAACUUUCCUUUUGCGAUGAUAACACGGAAAGUGGGAGCUUUAAUGGCAGCAGGAUGUACUUGUGUGAUAAAGCCAUCUGAAGAUACCCCAUUAGCGGCCUUAGCUGCUGCUGAGCUUGCGCACCAGGCUGGAGUGCCAAAAGGCGUGGUUAAUGUUGUAACAUCGAGCAGAAAGAAUGCACCAAAUGUUGGAAAAAUAUUGUGUGAAGAUCCCAACAUUGGAUGCAUUUCUUUCACGGGAUCUACACAAGUCGGGAAAAUUCUUUAUGGGAUGGCAGCAAAAGGAGUGAAGAGAGUAUCAUUAGAGUUAGGUGGAAAUGCCCCAUUUAUAGUUUUUGCAAGUGCUGAUAUUGAGAAUGCUUUAGACCAGGCUAUGUUAGCUAAAUUUAGAAAUAAUGGUCAAGCUUGUGUUGGAGCAAAUAGGUUUCUGAUUCAUGAAGAUAUUUACGAUGAAUUUGUUGAUGGCUUUAAAAACCGUAUUGCUCAAAAAUGUGUGUUAGGUCCGGGUACAAAGCCAGGUGUCACUUGUGGACCUCUAGUAAAUGAAAUGCAAGCUAAAAAAGUAUCAGGUCUAGUUGAUGAAGCAGUUCAGAAAGGUGCAAAGCCAUUAGUUGGUGGUAAAUUUGCUACAAAUCUUGGCAGUAAAUUCUAUGCAUCUACUUUGUUAAUUGAUGUAAAGCCAGAUAUGACAAUAUAUAAAGAAGAAAUAUUUGGACCUGUUGCUGUGUGUCUUAAAUUUAAAACCGAAGAGGAAGUCCUUGAAGUGGCCAACAGCACAAGAAGUGGGCUGGCAUCAUACAUAUUUACCAGAGACCUAGGACAGGCAUUUAGAAUGUCUCGUAAACUUCAGUUUGGAAUGGUUGCCAUAAAUGAUGGCAUUCUCUCAGCUGCAGAAGCACCAUUUGGAGGAAUCAAAGAAUCUGGAAUAGGAAGGGAAGGUAGUAAACACGGUGUUGAAGAAUAUACUGAUAUUAAAAUACAAGAGGUGGAUGACAGUUUCUUUGAGAAAUUUGGGUCCUUAUUAAAACAAGUCUCACAACGUGCAGCUCUUGAAGAAUCAACUCCACUAGCUCCUUUAAAGGAGCCAGAAGAACAGGAUGGAGAACAGAAGGACGUGGCGGAUUUGCAAGGAGAAAGAAGUCCAGGUCGUGAUUCCGACAGUGGCAAUGAAACUCUAUUGGACACAGAUUCCGAGCCGGAAGACCCCGAGAAAAUAGACCUCUAUGUUGAAGCUAUUGGUUGGAACGUCGAUGAACUUUACUUGGAGAUUCUCUACGAGAUUUUACACAAUGUGGGUGGAUGCGACAUGGGCUGCGAGGUGGGACAGCAGGUGAUGCUGUCUUACGUCCAAGAGGCAUUUAAAAUUGCCAAUGAGAAGCAUACGCAGUUGUUAACAAAAGCUGAGGCAAAAGAACCGCCCGAGUUAAUGUUGAAUGUAGAGGUGGUGGAAGCUAAAGACCUGGUGCCCAAAGAUCCCAAUGGAUUGAGUGAUCCGUUUGUUACGAUAUAUUUAAUGUCAAACUCUUCUCAACGGUACAAUACUUCAGUGAAAUCGAGCACAUUAAAUCCAUUAUGGGAGGAACAUUUUUCAUUGCCAAUGCCGGAGAAUCUACACGAGGACUCUUUGAUACUAGAAGUGUGGGACUUCGAUCCGGCAGAGACAGUCAAAGAGAAAAUGACAAAAAUAUUCGAAGUGAAAGGAGUGAAGGGCCUUCGGAAGUUGAUGAAAGAAAUCGCCAUUACCGCUUCCACAGGGAAACAUGACAACGAACUUAUAGGAACUUCUAAUAUCCCACUAAAAUCAAUCCCAGCCGGUGGCAUGACAAUGUGGUUCAACCUGAGUAAAAAGAGCAAGCUCCGACGCCAGGGUGUAGUAAAGUUGCGACUGAACUUCUCUUCCGAGAAGAACUCACAAGUCGCCGCGCAGGAACAUCGACAUCUGCUGAGGAUACUGCUCCUGCAUGAACUUGAAAGCUCUAAGGUUGCACCAUACUGGUGGUGCGGCAACUUCAGUGCGCCGGCAGAGGCAAUCCUCACGCAACAUGUGGCUCAAAGUGGCUUAAGCCAAACCGACAACUGGCUGGCGCAAUGGGUGGUUUUCUGCGCUGUUACCGCCGACCAUCCCCUCAGCUUCUCACUCUUUAACCAGCUGCUUGAGAAAAUAACAAAGCCGCUGCAAUCAGGAUUAGUCAAUGAAGAGGAAGUUAAACUAUUCUGGGACGGCGCGAAAAAACUGCUCCCAACUUGUUACAGUCAUAUAAGGAAACUGAGGAAAAAGACCGCCGGUGACAAAACCGUCAUGAAAACGCUUAGAGAGGUCCUAAAGAUAUUGUACCGCCUAUCUGUUCUCGAUGUCCCAGAAUAUGUAGACCUGUUUCCAGUUAAUUUGUACGGCUGGUUAAGGGAAAACAGUGACGGCAGUAGGUUAACCAUACAAGAGGUUUUGAAUCAGGCCGCAGUGCAAGGAGCUGCGGAUUGGUUUGUUCAUAUACUGGAUAAUAACGAAUGUAAGGACCGAACUGAAGAUUCGAGGUUGCAGCAUUUGAUCAGGGUGAUACAACUCGUGCGCUCGGACUUGCAGCGGGCUGUGGAGUACUUUGACAGAGUUUUUGUUGAAAUAAUGAGCUUCCCAUAUUCCAAAGUGUUAUACGGUGUUUAUGAAAAUAAAAUAGCUUCACUGGUCGAACCAGAGGUGAUACAAGUGUGUAAAAACUUAAAACGACUGCAGUACAAUGAAGGCUCUACAAACAGUGUUUACUUGGCCGGUGGACUCAAUGGGGAAACUGGGCUUGGAACUCCACAGGUGGACCAUGAGCCUCUAGCUAUGGGGACGACGCUCUUCGAAUUGUACUUAGCGUUACAAAGGUUUUUAGCUUUAGGACAAGGCUUAAACGAAACCGAGUGGAGUACUUAUGCAAUUUCUAAAUUUCAUUCGUGGUUUUAUGGCGGAGUCGCUCAAUGGCUGGAUAUAGCUGCGUACAAGGCGCUCACACGUAUAGAAAAGGCGGUGGAUUUAGAUAACCUAGUACCUGUGGACAAUAAUGUUAAAUACAGCAGUUCAGGAGUAGACACGCUUGCCAUAUUUUAUCAGAUCAAGAUAUUCUGGCAGCAACUAGCCUGGCCUGAUGUAGAGGGAUGCUAUACGUUUGUUGCUAAGAUAGUUGAUGACAUUUGCCGGUGCUGUGUGUUCUAUUCAGACAAAAUGGCGGGUCGGGUUGACAACGUGGGAACGAUUAGCACGGUAUAUGAGGAACGCUUCGAAGUGACGAACGAGUGGUGCGUCGCCAUCAAUAAUAUUGACUACGUACGUCAGAGUCUACAGCCGUUCGUACGAGAGCUGGGCAUGGACGAGAUUGUACAGAACAUGUGUGAGGCCAGGUCACCACUCGAAGCACAGAGAUGUAAGGAAACUCUCCAAAACGUCAUGGCAAAUGCAAUAGACACAGUAAAAAACAAAAUCCUAGAUUUAUUAGAAAUUAUGGUGAAAAAGAUGAUGCCCUCUAUCACUCGUUUCUUGAUAGAAGGAGCUGAGUUACUACAUCAAGAUUGUUCCAGCAUGGAUCGAGUGAUGCGUUACUUAGAAGCCAAUCUUGACACUCUGUACCAGCAUUUAAACAACGAGAAUUUUUCUAGAACUUUGGAUAUAGUCUGGGAACAAUUAGGAGAAGUGUUAUAUGAAUUGAUACAGGCAAAUCUUGAGCACCGAAGGGCAAAGAUAACUCGCUAUAUCGACCCGAGACGCUUGAACAAGUCGGCCGCCGCCCAAUUGGACGCGAAACGCCGUCCACCAUCAUUCUUCUCCAACCUUCACGAAUGUCUUAACAUAAUGGUGCGAUCAUUCCGUCAAGAUAAUAAAGAAGUCUACACGUCUGAUACGCUUAAACGUGUAGAGUAUUUAUUGAAGAUUCAUGGUAUGGAGACUAGGGAACUAAUCCAUCAGUAUCAUUUAGAGAGGUGGCAGGAGCAACAGUCAGUAACUGAACCAAAGAUGGGUGUGCUCACUGUAAGAGCGCAGUUUAUAGACGAUAAUUUAAAAAUAGAAAUUAUGAACGCGAGAAAUUUGAUGCCAACGGACUCGAAUGGUCUCUGUGAUUCUUACGUACGUGUAGCGAUACUACCAGAAGACAUGUUCGCCAGUGUGGCUAAGCCUAAAACUCAAACACACAGCAAAAAUCUUUUCCCGCUAUACGAUGAAAUGUUUAUUAUCCCAUUAACGCCUGAGCAACGUCGUAUUACUGACGGCCUGUUGCACUUCGUCGUUAAGGAUAAAGACAUGUUCAGUGUUAGCAAUACGUUCGUUGGCGAGGCGUAUCUACACUUCAGCGAGGUGCCCGACACUCCAGCACCUAUCAGCAGUCUAUCGCAGCAGCAUUUGCCUCUAAGCAGACCUGAUAGUAUCGAUGGUGAUGCAAUCAAGGCUCUGGAAUCGAGACAAGGCGAUAAGCAAGCAAGAGAGUUCCUAAAAAAACAAAGACAGAAAAUGCCCAGCAAACAAUUCUUCUCACUUGGUUGA